GCUUCCUUCUCACAGCCUCAUUGCCAUUCCUCAAUUAUCUUCCUAGCCUCCCCAAACGACUCUACCACCAAAAAUGUCCAUCACAAACAAAUUAUCCCUCGUUUCUCUUUUCAUCCCUUUCGCCAUCGCAGGACCCUCGGGUUUCGGUCAUGCCUUCAGUUCAGGCCCCAUAGCCGAUGGAAACUGGAUCCGUACCGCAAACUCCACCCUCAUCGUCCCCGCCCCUUCUUUACCAUAAAAAGGCUUGCUAUCUCUUUGGGUAGGUAUGGGUACCAGUAAUGGCGACUUGAUACAAGCACUCGUGGAAAGCUAUAAUGAUGAUGUUGAUGCUGAGUGUGGGGUAUUGGAUGGGACGUGGUGUGCUUGGACGAGUACAUUAGUGGCGGCUGGACAGCAGGGGGGGAAGCAAGUUGUUGUGAGGCAAGGAGAUGAGGUUGGUAUGAAUUAUGUAUACAAUGACCAGACGGGGAAUUAUGAUCAAUACGUGCUUCUGAAUGGUAAAGUCGUUUCUACAUUCUCGACUUCAUCAGGUAAAGCACUCGGCUGGGGUACAGCAGAGGAAUGCAACCAAGCACCUCCAGCCUAUCCCUGCGGCCUCACUCCAUCUCAUACCUGGAUAAACACCACCCUCAUCCUCGAUCAAGCACAGCCCGACUACUCCAACACUUUUGGCAACAACGGUGCUCAAGGUACCCUUACGACAUCAGAUGGCGGCAAAACAUGGACGAGCGAAAACAUCACAAUCGAAGCAUGGGACUUUACACCGUCUUGUCCUGAGGAUGAUGGUUAUCAACUUACAACGCUGGACAGUAGUAUCUUUAACAUCACUUGUGGUACAGAGUUUGUGGGUGGAGAGCUUGGGGGGCAGAAUUUAGGAAGUGUGCAAGAUUGUACCACUGCUUGUGAUGAGACGGAGAACUGCUUCUUUGCUGUUUGGGAUGGGAAGAGCUAUGGCUUGAAAAGUUCCGUCGCAGUAAAAGUGGCUAAAGAUGGUGUGACCGCUGGGUCCCUGGUCUCGAAAGGAUGUUGAGAGGUUGAGUGUUGCUCAUAGUUACAGUCUUUUGGAAGCAUACCGGGUGAUUGAUCGCCUAUAAAUUUCGUCGCUCUCAACCGAUUGAUGGCUGCUUUGUUUCUGGAACAUCCAAUCAAGACUUCACUGUCGAAACGAUGGCCUUAGCCAAAGCAUCCGCUCCCUUCAUCAAUCUCUUCGAUAGCUCUCCUUUGCUUGAGAAAUAGGUGUACACAUCGAGGAAGUCUUCUACCAUGUACCAGUCAUGACACUUUCCCUCCUGAACGUCCAAUCUUACGUCCACACCCGCC